AUGUGCGAUGAAGUUUACCAUUUACCUUAUUAUGGCCAUCGUUGGUAUGAGAAUAAAAACUGUUGUGGACAUGCAUUUGAUCUUAUCAAAUGCAGAAAUGAAUUUACCUGUCUUACUUAUCCAAGUUUUUGUACAGAUGAUUGCGAAGCAAUCGCAGCAUUUCAGUAUAAUCCAGCAAAAGAAAAAAUUUACAUACAAUUAUGGGUAAAAGCACCAAACCAAUAUAUUGCUUUUGGCCAAAAACCAAGCAAUAACGAUAACUAUAUGAUUAAAAUUCGAGGUCAGUACUGCUACUAUAAAAAUGGCAUUUUGUUAGGUAGCUUUAAUGGAAAUUUGUUAGAUCAUCCCUCAAGUCCUGAAUGGUAUUCAGAAUCUGAUGGAAAAGUAAAGGAUGUUAAUUUGAUCGAGUCAAGUAUUGAUUCUGAUGGUUCAAUGAUGUGCAAAAUUGAAAGACCUCUUCAAAGUGGUGCAAGCGAAUACUUGUAUGAUCUUACAGAUUCAUUAUUAACAGCAAUAGCUUUUGGUAGAGUUAACAAAUAUGGGGUUCCUUUAUACCACUUUAACAAAUAUACAAAGUCUCAAACACCAAUGAAUUUCAUUUCAACAACUAACUCUAUAAUUAAACAACCAUCUACAACCAUGUUAAACACAACACCAUACCAAAUACCGAAUACUGAAAAUGCAAAUAUACCUUUUACAACCAGCACUGUAGUAAAAGAACUAGUGACACUACAAACUGUGGGACCAGUAGCAACAAAAGUUAUGAAUGAGUUUGAUCCUAAAAAAUGUGGAAUUCAUUAUAACUGUUUUCUUCAACCAGACAGUUGUUCAACAAAUUGCAUAGCUGCUGCAUCUUUUCAAUACAUUAAUGAUAGAAAGAUUGUUCAGUUUCAACUUUGGGCAAGAAGUUCACAGAUGUGGGUUGGCUUUGGACAAAGAUUACCAAAUGAAUUAGGGAAUUUUAUGUACAAACUGCAAGGUCAGUAUUGCCGAGGUUCAUCAGGAAAUAUUCCUGUAUUUGGAAGUUUUAAUGGAAACAAAUUGGCACCAGCCACUCCUGGUGAACCACAAUGGAUUAGCGAGAUAAAUGGAGUGACUUUGUUAUCAGCAGAAACAAAACCAGAUGAUUCUAUAUUAUGCAAGUUUGAAAGAUCCAUUUCAAAUAUAGCUAAUUUAUAUGACAUGAGUUUACCUCUUUCAGUAGCAAUUGCAUCCGGACCGUCAUUGAAAGAGAAACCUGGUUACCAUAGUUCUUACUCUAAAUCAGAAACAGCUAUAGAUUUUAUAAAAACAUACCAAAUACUGAAUACUGAAAAUUCAAAUACGCCUUUUACAACCAGCGCUGUAGUUAAAGAACUAGUGACAACUCAAGCUGUGGCACCAGUAUCAACAAAUGUUAUGAAUGAAUUUGAUCCUAAAAAAUGUGGAAUUCAUUAUAACUGUUUUCUUCAACCAGACAGUUGUUCAACAAAUUGCAUAGCUGCUGCAUCUUUUCAAUACAUUAAUGAUAGAAAGAUUGUUCAGUUUCAACUUUGGGCAAGAAGCUCACAGAUGUGGGUUGGCUUUGGACAAAGAUUACCAAAUGAAUUAGGGAAUUUUAUGUACAAACUGCAAGGUCAGUAUUGUCAAGGUUCAUCAGGAAAUAUUCCUGUAUUUGGAAGUUUUAAUGGAAACAAAUUGGCACCAGCCACUCCUGGUGAACCACAAUGGAUUAGCGAGAUAAUUGGAGUGACUUUGUUAUCAGCAGAAACAAAGCCAGAUGGUUCUAUAUUAUGCAAGUUUGAAAGAUCCAUUUCAAAUAUAGCUGAUUUAUAUGACAUGAGUUUACCUCUUUCAGUAGCAAUUGCAUCCGGACCGUCAUUGAAAGAAAAACCUGGCUACCAUAGUUCUUACUCUAAAUCAGAAACAGCUAUAGAUUUUAUAAAAACACGGUACAAUUCAUCGACAAACAUGUCUUAUAGCAUUUUAGUAUCAAACAAUGGUAUCACAUCAUCAAACAUGUCUAAAACUCAUGGAGUGCUUAUGAUAAUUGCUUGGUUGAUAUUUGUUACAUCUGGCAUUUUCAUAUCUCGUUAUAUGAAGCCUCAAUUAACCGAACAUGUGUUUGGCAAAGAAUGCUGGUUUAGGCUUCAUCAGUUUUGCAUGGUUUUAUCCAUUAUUUUAAUUUGCUGCAGUAUGUUUAUUAUUGUAAGACAUUUAAAUGGUUGGUCUCAGAACCCUGAUAAGCAUAAUUGGUUCGGUUUAGCAGCUGUUAUUCUUUGCAUUUUUCAACCAAUUUUCGCUUUUUUUCGGUGCAAUAUUGAUGACAAAAAACGUUUUAUUUUCACAUGGGUACACCGAAUUGUUGGAAUUUUAGCUUGGAGUGUUGCGGUAGUUGCAAUCAUGUUUGGAAUGGCAAAGUUUGGAAUUGGUAAUGAAGUGGUUGUGGCAUUUUUUGCAAGUAUCUUUAUAAUGUUUAUCACACUUGACAUUAUAAAAUAUUACUAUGAAAGUAAACACAACUACUUUCCAGUCAUUGAAGAUCAUCCAAUGGAUACUUUUACACUCUCACUCCAAGAGGUUGAAAGACCUUAUCCAGUAAAACAGGUGACGAUGAUCAGCAAUAUAUUUUUGGUGUUAAUUGUAUCGUUCUCCAUUGUUAUUACAUUCUACUACGUGAAAGUAAUUUUGGGGGCUUAAAGAUCUAUUAAAGCCUGAAUUCUUUAUCUGCGUACUUAUAUUAGGUGUAGCUUAAUUUUGUGAUUAUUAAAUUUUUGGUGUUAAUUGUAUCGUUCUCCAUUGUUAUUACAUUCUACUACGUGAAAGUAAUUUUGGGGGCUUGAAUAUCUAUUAAAGCCUGAAUUCUUUAUCUGCGUACUUAUAUUAGGUGUAACUUAAUUUUGUGAUUAUAAAGAUAUUUUUAAAGAUUUUUAUUCUCUUAAAAAUGUUUGUUAAAUAUUUUUUUUGUAAUUUUUUAUUUUUAUUUUUAUUUUUUUACUUUUUGAGAUUUUAUAAUAAAUUAACGUUUUAUUGAGGGUUAAUAUAUUGAUUAUAUUGGUUCUUUUUAUAAGCGAAAUAAAAAUGAAGACUUGUAUUUUUUUUACUAGUAAAUUUAGAGAUCCGAUUUCUUUAA